GAUGAUUAGGAACCGGCCUCUGUUGUCCACCGUCCGACGGCUUCAUCACAGUCAUCAUCAUUCGGUGGGAAUCGUCGGGGCACCAUUCUACCAGGGACAGCCAAGGCAGGGCGUGGAGCUGGGUCCUGAUCUGAUCCGGGAUGCAGGAUUGUUAGAGGGUCUGUGGAAUCUUGGAUGCACUGUGAAGGAUUAUGGGAACCUGAAGUUUGAGGAUCUGGAGUCAGAGCCCGUGGGCACCUUGAAGCGGGUGCAUGCUGUGGGAGCAGCUAAUCGGACACUAGCUGCUGCUGUGCAGGCAGUGAAAAAUGAGGGACACACAUCUUUGAUGAUUGGCGGAGACCACAGCCUGGCGAUUGGGUCGAUCCAGGGUCAUGCCACAGCGGUCGGGGAUCUGAGUGUGGUUUGGGUCGACGCUCACGCUGACAUCAACACUCCUCUGACGACUCCAACGGGCAACUUCCACGGGCAGCCCAUGUCCUUCCUGCUGCGCGAGCUGAGGUCAAAGAUACCGGCCCUGCCAAAUUUCUCAUGGGUGCAACCAUGUGUGUCCGCUCAAGAUCUGAUCUACAUCGGCUUGAGGGACGUUGACCCAGAAGAACACUUCAUCCUCAAGUAUUUAGGGGUGAAGAUAUUUUCGAUGUCCGACGUCGACCGACUCGGUAUUUCGCGAGUGAUGGAAGAGACCUGCGAUCACGCGUCCGUCAGGGUGAAGAAGCCGAUCCACCUGAGCUACGACAUUGAUGCCAUCGACCCGUCCGUCACCCCGGCGACGGGCACACCUGUGGUCGGGGGUCUCAGCUACAGAGAGGGGGUGUAUAUCAGCGAGCAGCUCUGUCAGACCGGUCUGCUGUCUGGGGUCGACAUGGUGGAGGUCAAUCCUCGGAGGGGUCGCAGCGACCAAGAGAUCCAGUCCACGGUGACCACGGCAAAGCACCUGCUCUUGGCGUGUUUUGGACGACGACGUGAAGGAAGCCACUCACCGGACUACGUCCUCCCUCUUCCGAGUCCAGGAGACAAAUGACUCUUGGACAUGUACUGAGUCACAUAACCUCUUCACAUAACAUGAUUCCUGAUGGGUCACAAACAGUUUGGGUUUGACAUUCACAUGCGCUUUCCUUGUCCAAUGGAGACGUCUUACUGCCAUCUACUGGCGGGCUAUAGAAUCAAAGUCUGCUCAAUUUUCCAUUCUUCUCAUUUCCCUUUUUAAUUGUUAAAUAGCUAAGGAGCUAACAUUUUAAUCCUUUGAUUCAUUUAAAUCCAUGUGCCUAAUUUACCCAAGUGUCCGCUACAGUGAGUAAACAAAUCCGGAGGAAAAAUUAUAUUGGUGAUAUGAGAAAACAGAAAUCACAGCUGGUUAA